UGUGAAUUUUGCCAAAUCUUGCCAAAUGUGUGUGUCGCAAUUUGAUUCCGUACACCCUUUAGUAGUAAUAACACGCUAUAUCGUCUUAUUUAAUAAAAUCAAGAUUUGAACACAUCUCUAAAAAGAGACUUGCCACCAGUUCUGAGAAAUGAAACUUGGAUCCAUUUGAAUUCGUGCACUCAUUAUUUUACGGGCAAUAUAAAAAAAAUCAUUUUACGUGUGCCAUUUUUACAUUCUACAGUAUAAAUUUCACCGUAACGUACAAUUUCAAAUGACCUUAUUUCAUGCCGUUCUGCUCUGCCUCUGUUAUCAUUUCAUAUAUUGAUUCGCCAGCGGACUAAUCGCUUUCUGUACUCUAAUUGCAACUCCUUUCUACAUACAUAUUUCAUGUGGUGCACUUGUGCAUUGAGCAGCUUAAUUAUUUAAAAACAAAGACCAAAGCUGCUGACAGUUGCAGUUGUGGAAUAUAAUUUUAGUCCGCUAGAUUAAAAUGGAUCGCUCGGCUUUGAUUCCGUUCUUGGUGCUUGCGAUAACGACGGUUCUGUUUGAAAUUGCGUCAAAUCCAUGUGCAGCAGCUGCACCAGCUUUAACCACCGAAAGUUUGCCAGACCGGACCAAGCGAACUAUUGGAUCGGCCAGCAGUUUCAUAAACUGCAUUACCGUGCUCGAUGGCGUCGGACAACGCUUUUGUUCAUACGACCAGUCUAUCCUGGAAGCAAUCGAGCGAACGGCAACCAAAGGCCCAGAGGAAGAACGUAAGCGGCUUCCGUGUCCACCGAGAAAGACAUUCCGCAAGCAGUGCAACGUGUGCGAAUGUCUGGCUAAUGGAGUGCUGACUUGCACUACGGAUCUGUGCGCCGAGGAGUUCUAUGACGCCAACGGUCUGCCGAAAUAUUGGUGAAAUUGGUGGAAGUAGUGUAUAGUUUUCUUUUUUGGUUUUCUUCGUACAUGUUUUAUAGUGGUUUCUGCUCAUGGGUUCUGGCACGUACCUUGGACAUAAUGUGUGGCAUAAAUUGGUGGAAUAUCAGGUUAUAAUUUUGAUGACCGGUUAGCCAUGCCAGCGGCAUUUUUUGGGACGGUGCCACAGAAUGGUGCCAUAGAAUGGUAAAAUUCUCGAUACAGUAACGCAGUAGGUAUAUUAAUCAAUUAAUCAAGCUAAGGUUAAACAUUCUGAAAUCCUAGCCGAAAUUCAAAUAUGACUUUUAAAAUGGUCGAAUUGUGUUCUUGCUCACGAUUUCGAAGGCACCAAAUUAUUGAGAUACUUGAAAUUUAUAGGUAAAUCGUAGUUAUCUAAAAGAAAACAUGUUUUUUUCUACAGUAUGGUGCAGCGGAGGAAGUGCUCCAACAGGGUAAGUGUGAAUGCCUGAAUUCACUGAUUUCAAAAAAUUUGUCUGUAAAGAUCGAUUCUCUUUUGGUCUAAUAACAAACUCUAUCUUCUUUUUUUUUUCUCGAGGCGAGCAUUUAGGCUCCGAAUAAAUUAUU